CAUACGUAAGGCCACGAUGAACACCUUGCAGAAUGUAACGCGGAAAACUGUCGCGGGUGGGCUAGCCGGGAUGCGGCGGUCAGGAGCAGCGGUGGCGAAUCCGAGGAGAAGCUACCACGACAACAUCGUCGACCACUACGAGAACCCUCGCAACGUUGGCUCCAUGGACAAGAAGGACAAAUUCGUGGGCACGGUGAAGUUGCUGGAGAAUCGGCUCUCAAAAGUUGUAGGGAGUAAGGCGCGCGUUUGGCAACCUCAAUCGAUGCGGCAACUGCUGUACUGCCGUGUAUGUUCAUCACUAACAAGGCCUCUUGCGUUGCUGCAAACGUACGGGCUUGGCACCGACCCCGGUGAUUAUCUACCUGCAGUAGUUAUUAGUGCGGCACGCGCACGCUGGAGGGAUUCACAUACAUAUACCCCGGGAAAAAUAGUUGUGACGGUUACGCGGUAGCCUCUCACGAUAUUCACGUUGCAUCUUGACUGGGCCAGCAACUUCGAUCACUUGCUCCGGUCGGUGUCGGUGCUACCUCAACCAAACAGUUUGAGAAAAUCAAGCAGCACGGAUUGCUCGUUUGCGCCCACUCAGGUAGCUCCCUCCCACAUUAGAACCGCGCAAAAUACCGACCUCAUCACCCUCUGGACAAGGUAAUUGAGAUUCUGCGACGUACAGUAGCGGAACGCUUCCCGCAGCGCAAGCAGCGCUUGCAGCUGCACCAACACAGCGUCGAUCAUCUGUCCUUGACCUCACAAGUGGGCGGUGACAGCAGUGAAGCGUUCACGAAGUCGUCAGUUGUCAUUGCGCGAGUCCACAACAACAUGCACCGAUGUUAAGAGAUACUGCUGUUGCCGAGACGCGUGAUGCAGCUAUUUAGCUGCCCCAAAAUAGGUAGACUCUCGCCCUGGCUUCCCAUACGACUGACAACCGUCUCACACACGGCGUACGUCCGCCUUCCACUCCCUCGAUUUGCUGGGCUUUUGCCCUUGCGCUCAAAACAAUCUCGUCGACGAAAAC